CUGUACCACACCUCAUCAUUAUCACCUUCGAGAGACUUAUUGCCCAUCUAGUACUCCGAGUCACAGCACGAUGGAUCCUGGCGCUACAUCUCAAUUAACUUGUGCUGCAUGUAACAAGUCGAGCUUGGGCUCAGACGCGUCUACCGGUGGUCUUCAGAGAUGCUCAAAAUGCAAGACCACAUACUACUGCUCGCGGGAAUGUCAAGUCACGCAUUGGCCUUCACACAAGUCUCAAUGUCACGCUACCGCCGCCGGCUCAUCCACAAGCACCUCAGCAUCUCCAUCUUCAAGCAGUGAAGUCACGGGUGUCAUGGUUCCUUGCGACGGCGAACGUCGUCUGCAUGGAUUCAUGAAGUCCGUUUCCAUCGGCCCUGACCACCCCAUUCACACAAAGGGUGUCGUUUCUCCCGUUUCGCAGAAGCUUGGGUUCCCUGUCGUUAUUUAUCGACAUCUUCCAGACGGAGGCUAUGGCGCGGAAUAUGAUUGUCAGAUUGCGACGUAUUUGAUGAUCGACCCGGUCUCUGGUUUUGCACCCUUCGAGUGGCAGUCCGCGGUGGGCAGCGUCACAGUUAUGCGGCAAGACGGAAAACCCCUCACCACGCAAGCCCUCGAGACCCUGUGGAUGUUCUGCUCGAAUCUGCUCGACAGGUUUGGCGACGAUGAUGGUGGGCCUGGCUCACAGCUGAAGCAUAUGACGCCGGCAGCCUGGAAGAAGUUUUGUAGGUCGUAUGUUGAAGAGGUCAAGGGUUAUGGCACGAGGAACGACUUUGACGAUGUGCAGUUGCCGUUCUAGUUUUGCCAUCGUCCUAAGUGUGUGCAUUGCUAGUGUUUCUCAGUUGGCAUUGGAUGCUCCUGGACUUCUGUUUCUCAUGGCUCGUUCUAUGAAAUGCUCGCGGUAUGGUUAUGUAUGUGUAUACUGUAUUUCCGAGGAGCACCCGUGUAUAUAUCACCAUCAUUUAUUUUCUCUAUGUAGUAUUCUCUUCGUCUACCC